AUGGCACGCUUCCUCCUUCACUUGCUCCUCUUCUUCUCCUCCCUCUUCUUCGACUUCACCGCCUCCGCUGACAACGGCACCCGUGCACCCGACUUCUCCGCCGUCCUGUACUUCGGUGACUCCACGCUGGACACCGGAAACAAUGGCUACAUCCUCACGUUGGUCAGGGGCAACCAUCCCCCUUACGGCCGGGACUUCCCGGGAAGCGUUGCGACAGGGAGGCUCUCCAAUGGCCUGCUUGUGCCUGACCUUCUUUGCUCCGAGCUCGAGAUCAAGCAGCUGUCGCCGCCGUUCAUGGACCCGAAUCUCUCGGACGACGACAUCCGCACGGGCGUCAACUUCGCGUCGGCCGGGUCGGGGUUCGACGACGCGACCUCGGCUCUCCUGAACACGAUCCCCAUAUCGAGGCAAUUGGAAAUGUUCGAGGAGUACCUCGCCAGGCUCAAAGCUGUUGCUGGGGAGGAGGACGCCAAAAGAAUCGUAAGCGACGCUUUGUUCCUCGUCAGUGCGGGAACCAAUGACUUCCUGUUGAACUACUAUGACCUGCCCACCACCACCAGGACUGCGAUGACCAUAGAUGAGUACCAAGAUUUCCUGCUCCAAAACCUCCACAAGUUUCUCAAGGGUAGCUACGAUCUCGGAGGCCGUAGGUUCAUAGUCGCUGGCCUUCCUCCGAUCGGGUGCUUACCGCUCCAAAUGACGCUAAGCGUGGUUCAUUCUGUCGUCCGGACGUGCGUCGAUGAGCAGAACUCAGAUGCGCGGCACUACAAUUCCAAGCUCAAGCACCUUCUGCUCAAGACCCAGCUAUCUCUUCCCGGGAGCAAGUUUGUCUACCUCGACUUGUAUGACUUCUUGAUGGAGGUCCUCAACAAUGCAGCCAAGUAUGGUUUCCGGGAAACCAAGAGAGGAUGUUGCGGGACGGGGAUGUUCGAAGUAGGUCCUCUUUGCAAUCGGUUGAACGCAGCUUGCCCGGACGUGUCGAGAUUUGUGUUUUAUGAUGCCAUCCAUCCGUCGCAGAGAUUUUAUGAGUUGAUCACCGACUACGUUGUGGAGGACAUCAUUCCACAUUUGCGACGACGAGUAUGA